GGCGGGAAGUUGCUUCCGCUGGGCUUUGCUGUUGAGACCUUGCGGCGAGGAAAGGCUGAAUGAAAGGUUUCGCUCGUUAGGGUUGGUUUGAAGCCGAGGAAAAUCGGGUAGUGAGGGAUAAGAAACUGAGGAGAUAGUGAAGGGCGGUUUGUCCAGAUUGUUGAAAGCUCAGAAUUAGAGUUUAAUCGGAAUAGAAAUCCUGUUAAUAGUACCUGAUUAGCUCAGUUGAUGAGGCUGAGCGGGUUGUGGUGAGGUAUUUUUUUGGUCACGUGAGGGCAAGUGUCAAGAAAAAAGAAAAUCCCCUAAGCGGCUUAGAACAGUGCCUGAAAUCCGAACACUCUUAGGCUUUCCAGUUCUUUCCGUUUCUGGAGACUGUCUAUUAAAACAUAUUCCUGGCUGGAAUGUUUGUACAUAAAAGUCCCUAAGUAAUUAUUAAGCACCGCGCUUAGCUUUCUCUAAGGAGUAUGGAAUAUUGUUGAAAGGCUUGUUUCCUCCAGGAACUUGAAUUUCAUUUAGUAAGUCUUCAAGGGCUUAUAGAAGAGUAACUGAAAUAAUCCCAAUUUACUAGUUGGGUUGUGUAAAAAACAUAGGCUAAUUGGUAGUCAGAACACAGUCACUGUAGAAAGGAUUUUAUAACUGCAGUGGUGGGGACAGAAGGGACAGCCUGAGCAAAGUCUUGAAGUCCAGAAAUAACGUGGAAGAAAAUACGGUGGCCGUUGGGCAUAAUUUUCUGGUGGUGGGAUUACAAGGAACUAGGGGCUGAGGCUCACGUUGCUAGGCAAGGUGGUUUUUCCUUAGGAGAGGCGCAGGUGUUUUUCAGAGUGAGAAACUGGCAUCAGCAGCAUCAAAAUCACCGGGAUGCAAGACGCCAGCUGCCAAGCGGAGGGAGGAUGUCUGGGUCGCGCGCGGAGGCCGAGGAGAAGGUGGGCUCCAGACAGCGACUCCAGUAGCUACAAGCCAGAUCAACUUAAGCGCCCCAAAUCCCUAUUAGAUAAGAAUUCUAACAAUGAAGUGGCAUGUAAGAAAUGUAAGAAGGCUGAAAUAAAGAAAACUUGCAGAAGGAUUUUAACCCCAAAGAUGGAAGCCACAUCUUCCAAAGCAGAAUCCACUCUGCAAAAAUCAUCCUUAGAUGUUCAUGCUGAAAGUAACAAGUGGCAAUACAAGAGCACUUCAGAUACAGUGAUUCUCAGUGCUGAUACAGAGAGCAGCCAGGAUGGAGACAGUGAUGAAGGUACCACACCAGGCAUGGAUGAUUUUUCAGGAUUGUCACCAUACGAAAAGAAGAGACUGAAGAACAUAUCAGAAAAUGCGAACUUUUUUGCUUCUCUUCAGUUGUCUGAGUCAGCUGCAAGGCUCCGUGAAAUGAUAAAGAAGAGACAGCCUCCGGAAUCCAAAAGAAAGAAGCCUAAGAAGAAAGAAAAUGAGACUGGAUGUAGAAGGUCAAUGCGAUUACUAAAAGUUGAUCCUUCAGGAGUUUCAUUACCAGCAACUCCAACCCAGCCAAUAUUAGUAGCAGAUGAAAAUCCUUUGUUACCUCCUGGGCCUUUAGAAAUGACUUCUGAAAAUCGAGAUGAUAACAGUGAACUAUUUAAAGGAUUUCUGCAGACUUGGGCAGAAGUGAGCAAGGUAUCACUUGGGAGGACAAGAAGUAAAAACACUGAGAAGGAGUUAUCUAGCAUUAAAAGCUACAAAGCCAACUUAAAUGGCAUGAUCAUUAGUGAAGAUACUGUUUAUAAAGUUACCAAAGGCCCAAUAUUCUCAAUGGCUCUCCACCCAUCAGAAAUUAGAACUUUGGUGGCAGCUGGGGCCAGAUCUGGACAAGUUGGGCUUUGGGAUUUGACUCACCAACCUAAAGAAGAUGGAGUUUAUAUUUUUCAACCCCAUAGUCAACCAGUUAGCUGUCUUUACUUUUCGCCUGCCAAUCCAGCUCACCUGCUGUCACUGAGCUAUGAUGGCACAUUACGCUGUGGGGAUUUUUCCAGAGCUGUUUUUGAAGAGGUAUAUAGAGAUGAAAGAAGUAGCUUUUCCUCCUUUGACUUCUUGGCAGAAGAUGCCUCCACUUUAAUAGUAGGUCACUGGGAUGGAAGUAUGUCACUAGUGGAUAGGCGGACGCCUGGAACUUCUUGUGAGAAACUUAUCAAUUCUUCUUUGAGCAAAAUAAGAACUGUACAUGUCCACCCAGUGCAUAGACAGUAUUUUAUCACUGCGGGAUUAAGGGAUAUUCAUAUUUAUGAUGCAAGGUGCCUGAAUCCCAGUAGAAGAAAGCCUUUGAUUUCUUUGACUGAACACACAAAGAGCAUCGCUUCUGCCUAUUUUUCACCUCUUACUGGUAACAGAGUAGUAACCACAUGUGCUGAUUGUAAGCUGAGAAUCUUUGACAGCAGCUGUAUAUCCUCGAAGAUUCCUCUUCUCACCACCAUCAGGCACAACACCAUUACUGGGAGAUGGCUGACCAGGUUCCAAGCUGUGUGGGACCCUAAACAAGAAGACUGUAUCAUAGUCGGCAGCAUGGCCCAUCCACGGCGAGUGGAAGUCUUCCAUGAGAGAGGAAAGUGGGUGCACUCUUUUCUUGGUGGAGAAUGCCUUGCCUCUGUGUGUUCCAUCAACGUUAUGCACCCAACUCGGUAUAUUUUGGCUGGAGGUAACUCCAGUGGGAGGAUACAUGUUUUUAUGAAUUAAGAAAGUUGCCGAGUUUUUGGUUUGACAACGCUGAUUUGUUCAAAUUAAUCAGUGUCUAAGGAGCCCAGUAAUUCACGUGGCUUAGUCUGUUUACUUGGUAAUAUGUUCUAUUUUUAGCAAAUAUAAAAUUGCCUUGUUAAUAAGAACUAUGAGCAGUAGGUACUUUUAGUAAGAGAAGCCUUGGAGGUUGUUUCUGUAGGAUGGCGAGGGAAUUAAAGGGGAGACUGUGAUGCCUUCAGCACUUUUAAUCAGGCAGAAUAUUGAGAAAUUCUAACAUUAUAAAUUAUAAAGCUUUGAGUGAUCAGUAUUUUGGUUGUUUUUGUGGUUUUGAUUCUAUGGUGAUAUAUAGAUUUGUUUUUUUUUUUAUAGUUUGCAGUAAAUAUUUAUUUCUAGACUCAUACACUGGAAGGGGUCCUGAAAGGUCAUCUAACUCAGUGACUUUGAAACUUUUGAGUUUUUAAAUUGAGCACCUUUUUUCCCCCUUGCCUCUAAAUUAAAUCUUACAUGAAACCCCAAGAAAUUGCUGAGAAGCUUUGGUUCACUUGGGCAGGGCCUGUGUCUGUGUGUGUUGACCCUUUCCCUCCAGCUCCUCUACAUGGCUCCUGAGACACAGCCAAGGAAUCCCAGGGCUUGUAGGCACAGGGUUUGGAUCUACCUGAUUGCUGUAAUCCGGUAUGAGAUUACCUUCAGACCAGUGUUUCCCAGACUGUGGUUUGUAGCUGUUCACAUGAAAUCAGUUAAGUGGCCAUGAACAGUGUUUACAAAAAUGAAAAGGAGAGGAAUAGUAAAGAAUAGCAAACAUAAUUAGAGUAAGUAUUCUUUUGUGAAACUUAGUUCCAUAUGCAUACAUAUUUGUAGGUAUACAUGCAUACGUAUAUUCUGACAUAAAAUGUAUUUCUUUAUUACUGUGGUACUGUGGGUCAUUGUUAAAGAAGUAAAAGCUCCUGACUUAGAAAGUCAUAGAUAGCCUUAUCUGUCCCUGUCUUUAAACUCUCCAGAGGAGAUUCAAUAACUUGGGGAAGUGUUAUAAAUACCAUUUUUGGAAUUUCUUCAUAAAAUAUUUUUUUCAGAAGCUAUGGCAAUUUGAAUGUGUCUGUUGUUGGAUAUUACUAAAUCAGUGACUAAUAUUACUGUGUGACCUUAUCUAUCCAACUUUUUCCGUUGUUCUUCAUUGCCAAACUACUACUGAAAGCCUGUUGUAAAUAGCUUCAGCGAUAUGUUUGAUUUCUAAGAGGAAAUAUUAUCUUUUCAUAAUUGUAUAUUACAGAAAUAAAGUGACGUGUAUCAUUUCCUUGAAGAA